UGGAGGUUCUGGAUGCAAAAUACAUUUUUGACACCUACCCAAUUUCGCCAUCGGCAGCUCGAACAACUGCCGAAGAAGUGGCGCCACGUUACGAUUCAGCGGUUUGUUGCAGUUCAAGCGUCAGACUUCCCAAAUAGGCAUCUGGUGAGCGGAGCACGAAGCUACGUGGAACAAACAAAAUGGCAAACGGCAGAGGUGGUGGUAGAGGCGGCGGUGAUUUUCACAAUGGCCAACGAGGAGGAGGAAGAGGAGGAGGAGGAGGAAGAGGAGGGGGAGGAGGAGCAAGCGGAGGAGGAAGAGGAGGGGGAGGAGGGAAUAGCCGUGGGCGCGGGCGUGGGCGCGAAAUGGCUCCGAGGCAAAUGCGCCAACCGCAAGAACCUUCUGAAAUAUGGGCAGGCCCCAAAAUGCCCAAAACACCGCCUGUUAUCGAGCCUUUGGCUGAACCUUCUCCAAGACUACCGUCAAGCAAUGAACUACAGUUGGAAAUUCAGAAACCGAAAAGCCCAGGACAAGUAAAUUGUGCACAAAUCACGUGUUUAACUAAUUGUUUUCAGCUCAGUUUGGGCUCUAACAUUAGAUCAGCGUUUUUUUACACGGUACAGAUCGAGCAAAUGAGUAAGUCGAAAAAAGCAGGUAACCAGAAAGGUUCGGCGAAAAAGAAGCCUGCUUCUAUAACACAAGAACCCUCGACGGGCCCGAAAAAGCAGCGCAGACUUAGUCUUAAAUUAAACAGGUCUAUCUUCUCAAAAAUACCACCAAGCGCAUUUGAUAACCAGAUGCUUGCUUAUGAUAGCAAGCAGCGUGCGUGCGGCCUUAAAAGGCUACCCAAUGACAGCCUGGUUUAUCAGGUAGAGUGUGAUGACAGGUUUUGGCAGGUGACGCUUACCUAUGAAAAAGCGGUAAAUCUAGCCGGACUUAAACCGGGUAAAAACUUUUCCAUGGGUGAAGAGUUUGAAGAGUCAAUGACAGCGUUAAUGUACAUGCUGAAUUAUAUGCCAUCACUGCAUUUGACGCCACUUGGCAGAGGGUUUUAUGGAUUACCUGAUGAGCAACCCACAGUAAUUUCAGGUGGGUUUGAAGUUUGGAGUGGCUAUAGAGCCCAUAUUUUAGCAGCAGAAGACAAAUUGAUUUUGAAUACUAACCGCGCCAUUACCGCGUUCAUAAGACCCGGCUACCUUGUAGAGCGUAUGGCCGAUCUUUUAGGUGUUGCGAGAAAUGACGUUCCCACAGCUCUGCAUAGAAAACAAAUUUUAGAACUGUCCAAAAAGCUUUCACGGUGCAAAGCAGAGCUUACGCAUCUCAAAAGACCUAAACAUAUUACCAUACAAAAAAUUACCCUUGAGCCUGCAAGCAAAAUUUCAUUCAGAGAUCAUGAGAACAACCCUAUCCUUGUGACAGAUUACUUCAGCAAAACCUAUGGUUGCUUGAAAUAUCCAAACUGGCCUUGUGCGGAGGUCGGUGUUCGAGAACCUAGAUAUUACCCGCUAGAGGUUUUGAAAAUACUGAGCGGUAAUUCCUACCACGGAGAACAAUCACGUGAUAUGGUGCGCGACAUAAUACGUUUGGCGGCCAUUCCUCCGCGCAAUAGGCUGGAAGAAAUUAAAUUCACCACGCGCUCGUUGAUAAGUCACAAAGAGAUAAAGGAUGAGUUCGGUAUGCAUAUUGAACCUAUCGAAAUGACGAUUCCUGGAAGAAUUUUGCCCACACCGAUACUUACAGCAGGAAACAAGAAAAUUGUCGGAGUUAACCCUGGGGUUAUCGAUUUCAGAGACAGUAUGUUCUUUAAAACAUCCAAGAUUGAUCGGUGGACAGUAAUUAACACCGAUGAAAGGCAGACACAGGAUACGUUGCAGUGCUUUGCCAGAGCAUUUCAGAACCAAGGAAAAAAAAGCGGCGUACUGCUUGCAAAUCCUGUGCAGCACAACAACGAAUUUCCAACCAUAAGCGACCGUCAGGUGCUGAAAAACAUCAUACAACAGAUCAUUAAGAUGGUUACUGUGAACAAGCUUGACUUCAUCAUAUUUGUGAUCAGUAAUUACACUGGCGUUCACGCUGCGAUCAAAUCUACAUGCGAUGUUACCCUCGGGGUGUCAUCUAAAUGCGUAAAAUCAGAUACGAUCGAAAAAAUCAUCAGAAAUGAUCGCCCUGGCCCUAACCAAUGUCUGGUUAACAUCCUUUAUGGAUUGAACCCCAAGUUUGAGGGUGAAAACGUCGUCGGGAUCAACACAGAGUUCGCGUUCAAGAUGCUGACGAGCACUCCGACGAUCAUAAUUGGCCUUGACGUUAACCAUGGACAAACAAGAGUAUGCGAUGGAUUACCGAAGCUACCAUCCACGAUUGGCAUUGUUGGAACGCGCAACGUUAAUGCCACUUUGUACACGGCUGUAAUGUCUGCGCAGAAAAAGCCAGAGGGAACCAGAGAUCGGGAAAUCAUUCAAUCCGCAAAUUUGAAACCUGCAAUUAAACGAUUAUUUAUAUCCUUCUAUCAAAAAACUGGCCGCAAACCGCAGAAAGUCAUCAUUUAUCGUGACGGUGUGUCCAAUGGCCAAUUUAAGUCCAUUUUAUCUGUAGAGCUGAGGGCAAUAAUUGAGACCUUGGAAGAAAUGAGUGACGACAAUGGUGGCAAAUAUAGGCCAGCAAUGACAUUCGUUACUGUCCAGAAACGCCACGAUGUGCGUUUAUUCCCAAAACAGGUAACUGUUGAUAACAAAGGUAGGGAAAAACAGAACCCCAUACCAGGUACAGUUGUUGAUAGCGUUCUGCCUUCGCGGCGCUGGUGGAACUUUUAUCUUAAUAGCCAUGAGGGUAUCCAAGGAACGAGCAAACCCGCGCACUACAUUGUGCUUUUCGACGAGAACAAUUUCACAAACGACCAGAUGCAGUCGUUGUCGUACUACCUUUGUUACUUAUAUGGCAAGUGCCCUCGUGCCGUAUCCAUCCCAGCACCCAUAUAUUACGCACAUUUGGUGGCGUUCCGCGCCGCUGAAGUCGGUGCGUUCCAGCUGCACAGUAGCCCAGAGUAUAGCCCGUUUGAUGCCCGUAAUUCUGCUGGCGCAUCCGGAAUUGGAGCCAUACAAAGACAGGAACAGAAAAUAUUAGAACUAUAUCAGAAUUCGAUUGAUGUUAAGCAAGGUUACGCUCAAAAAAUGUUUUUCCUUUAAGUAUGAGAAGAGAAAAGUAUUGUUUCUAGAAUCGACGAAGCAGUCGCGCGUGCAACAGGUACGUUGAUGCGGUCAUCUUUUGGCCACCUAAAUUUAUCUAUAUACAUACCAACUUUUAUUAUGAUUAGUCCGUUUCAUACUAAGAAUAGCUAUUGCUUGCCAUGUUCUAUUCACAUUGUGCAUGCUGAAAUAUUCAUAUUUAAUGGCAACUUGCUUGACAUAUAUGGCAAACACAUUAGGUAUAGUUGAAGGAGCAAAGCAAAAACAAAAGAAAAGAAACAGAUUAACAUUUACGGUAUUUUUAAACUAAAAGAAAAAAAAAUUACCGGCGUAACCAAUGCACUCUUGAAUAGCAUAAGGCCAUUAAAGAUAACAAUUCUACAAAAUCAUGUGAAUUAUCUAUAAAACUUAUAUGGCAUAGGUCAACCGAUUGUUGUCUUUCUCUGUUAUUUUUAGCGGCCAAUUUAGAUUGCUACCUUAAAAAAUACGCUAAAAAAUAAGUAGCACCAUAAAACUUUCAGGUAAAAUAGCUUAAUACACACAUGCUAUCGCCGCAAAGUUCGUUUCCGUGUAAAGAAGUUAUCAAAAAAUAAUAAGGUGAACUUGUUUUUGUGUUACAUCAUUUACAGUAGUAGAUCCACAACUAACCACCGCUAACAAAUGAGUGAAAGAAAUAUAAUAAAAUAUUUGCUGCGUACAGUUAACGCAAAAUCGUGUGAAACUGA